AAAAGCUAAUAAGGUACCGACAAGGAGAGAGAGAGAGCAUCUUAUCUCGCCUGAGAAUCUGAGAUCGAAUGGAGGAAAUCGGAGACGACGCAACAGUAUCAGCUCCGGCGCCGGCGCCGGCCCUGAGGCUGAAGUGGGACGUGUUCCUAAGCUUCAGAGGCGAAGACACGCGGGAUAGCAUCACCGAUCACCUCUACGCCGCCCUGUACUCCGCCGGCGUCCGCGUUUUCCGGGACAACGACGGAUUGAAUGAGGGAGACGAGAUAGCGGCGGCGCUGGUGGAGGCGAUCGAGGACUCAGCGGCGGCGAUUGUGAUAUUGUCGCCCAAUUACGCUUCUUCGCGGUGGUGCUUGGAGGAGCUGGCUAGGGUUUGUGAGCUCCGGCGACCGGUUCUCCCGGUUUUUUACCGGGUUGACCCGUCGGACGUGCGGCGACAGAGGGGACCGUUCGAGGAGGGGUUUAGAAGGCAUGAAGGAAGGUUUGGAGUGGAAAAUGUGGAGAGAUGGAGAAAGGCCAUGGAAAGAGUUGGCGGAACUAAGGGUUGGGUCUUCCAUGAUAGGAUUUGUGAUAGCGAGGAGCAAGAGUUGAUUGAAUUAUUAGUGAAAAAGGUGUUGAGAGAAGUGAGCAAUUCACCAAUGGCUGUGACUCCAUUUCUUGUUGGACAUGAUUUUAGAAUGAAGGAAAUAAUGGAGAUAUUAGAUGUUAAAGGAAAUGGCAUCCGGGUUUUGGUGUUGCAUGGCAUUGGAGGGGUUGGGAAGACAACUCUCAGUAAGGCCCUUUACAAUAAACUAGCAAAGGACUUCCAGCAUCGCAUUUUCAUUGAAAAUGUUAGAGAAACAGCUUCUAAGCAUGGCGGCGUUUUGCUCCUCCAGGAAAAACUUGUCAAUCAUCUUUCCCAGGGAAAGCUUUCUAUAGAUGAUCUCACUGCAGGUGUAGCAGAGAUCAAGAGAAGGCUUCGGGGGAAACGUGUUUUCCUGAUCCUGGAUGAUGUUGAUGAUAUGAACUUACUCAACUCACUAGCUGGCGAUAGAGAGUGGUUUUUUGAAGGAAGCAGGGUUAUAAUCACUACCAGAAACAAACAAAUUUUGCAGAGUGAGAUUGUGAGUGAAAGCUAUGAGUUAAGGGAAUUGGGCUCAUCUGAUUCACUCACACUUUUCAGCCACCAUGCAUUCCGAAGAGAAAUGCCUCCUUCAUCAGGCCCUUUUCUUGCUCUCUCCAAACAGAUUGUUUCCAUUACCGGCGGCUUACCAUUAGCUCUACAAGUGUUUGGUUCUUUCCUGUGUGAUAAGAGAAGAGUGGAUGAGUGGAAAGAUUCUGUGGAAAAGGUGAAGCAGAUUGGUUUAGAUUCUCUUCAGAAUGUCCUAAAAGUGAGCUAUGAUGGGCUUGAUGAUGAGGAGAAGUGCAUAUUCCUUGAUGUUGCUUGUUUGUUUCUUGAUUUGGAUAUGAAGAAAGGGGAAGUGAUAGAUGUGGUGAAGGGGUGUGGUUUUAGAGGUGAAGUUGCACUGAAAACCUUAGCCACAAGAUCUCUGAUUAAGGUUGUUGAGAAUGAUAAGCUGUGGAUGCAUGAUUCAAUCAGAGAUAUGGGAAGGCAAGUUGUUGUUCAACAAGGGCUUUUGGAUCAAGGGAAACGCAGUAGGCUUUGGGAUCAUGAUGAUGUCUUGAGUGUCUUGCAGGAUAGAAAGGGAACACGAGAAGUCGAAGGGAUCAUCCUGGAUUUGGAGAAGAAGAAGAAAAUCUCAAAGAUCAUUAGUGCCAAAAGGAUUGCCAGUACCCAACUUCAAACAACACCCAACUUCACUUAUGCUCUAACAUACCUAAGAGAGGUAUUCAAGCAGCAGGGCUUCCUCAGAAAUGAUUCAAACAAUGUGAUAGUAAGAUCAGAAUCAUUUGAUCCAAUGGUUAAUCUAAGGCUUCUUCAGUUUAGUGAUGUGAAAGUUGAAGGAAAUGUUGGGAAAUUACCCAAUUCACUGAGAUGGCUUCAAUGGAGAAACUGUCCCCUAAAAACCUUCCCUUCUAACUUUUAUCCAAGGGAACUUGCUGUCCUGGAUCUCUCAGAAAGCCCGGUACUCAGUGUUGGGAACUGGAAAUGGAGCUGGAAUAGCAGAAAGGAGACGAAUAGGUUGAAGGUUAUGAAUCUCCGCGGUUGCUAUAACAUAACAGCACUUCCUGAUUUAUCUGCUCACAAAGCACUGGAAAAGCUCACACUUGAGCUGUGCACUUCUUUGAAAAGCAUCCACCAAUCAAUCGGGGACUUAAAGGCGUUACGCCAUUUGAAUCUAGGACGUUGUUCAGAGCUGAUAGAAUUUCCAGGUGAUGUCUCGGGGCUCAAAAAUCUUGAAAUUCUUAUCCUCUCUCGUUGCUCGAGACUUAAACAUCUGCCUGAGAACAUUGGGUGGAUGAAUUCUUUAAGAGAACUUAUGGUGGAUGGGACUGCUGUAGAGAUGUUACCCGAAAGCAUUUUUCGGUUAACGAAGCUUGAAAGGCUUAGUUUAGCCAAUUGCCAGUCACUAAAAAUGCUACCUAGAUGCAUAGGGAAUCUCUGUUCUUUGGAACAUCUUUCCCUUUAUGGCUCUGGAGUGGAGUUAAUACCUGAUUCUAUAGGCUCUCUAGGCAAUCUUGAAACUCUGAAUUUACAGUGGUGUAGAUCAAUGGCUGUGAUUCCCUGUUCUGUGGGCAACCUCAAAUCAUUAGCAAAUCUCUAUCUUAAUGGCAGUGCAAUCCAAUUUUUGCCCGAAUCAAUCGGUUCAUUAUACUACCUGAGAGCCUUAAAAAUUGGCUCAUGUAAGGAUCAGAUCACAUUUCCUGAUUCCAUCAAAGGCUUAUCUUCUUUGGUUGAUCUUGAACUCGAUUCGACAGAAAUCACUGGACUUCCUUCUGAGAUUGGUGCUUUGAAAUCACUCGAGAGGCUCGAGAUAAGAAACUGCAAGAAUCUUUGCCUUAUUCCUAACUCAAUUGGGAAUUUGCUGGCUCUCAAAACCUUGAUCAUAACAAGUUCUGCUAUAAACGAGUUGCCCGAAUCCUUGGGGAUGCUAGAGAAUCUUGUUAUGAUGAGAUUGAACCAAUGUAGGCAGCUAUCAAGCCUUCCAUCCUCGAUCGGGCAUUUGAAAAACCUGUGCCAUCUGAUAAUGGACCACACAUCUGUUUCAGCACUACCUGAGACAUUUGGGAUGCUUUCAAACUUAAUGGUUUUGAGAAUGGGAAAAAAACCUUUUGAGCCAAUUUCCCACACCACUAAUACUACUACCCUUCCAUUUUCUUUCUCGAAGCUCUCCGUUUUGGAAGAAUUCGAUGCUCGUGGAUGGAGAAUAUCGGGGAAAAUAUCCGAUGACUUUGGGCAAUUGUCAUCUUUAGAGACACUGAAUUUGAGUCACAAUCAUAUUUCUGGGCUCCCUUCUAGUAUGAGAGGACUUUGUGUGUUGAAAAUGCUUGUUAUCUCCCACUGCAAAUUGCUAAUAGCUCUCCCUUCCCUUCCCUCGAGUUUGGUUGAGCUAAAUGCUGCAAACUGCAUAGCAUUAGAAACCAUAUUUGAUCUUUCAAAUUUGAAGAAUCUUCAAGAGCUUAACCUCACAAAUUGUGAGAGACUGGUAGAUGUACCAGGAAUUGAAAAUAUGAACAGCUUGAGAAUGCUGCAUAUGAGUGGAUGCACUUCCUGUUCUUCUGUCAUUGCUACCAAACUUCAUAAGGAUGUUGUGAAGAAGUUGUACAGUUUUAGCAUUCCUGGAAGCGGAAUCCCAAACUGGUUUACACAAGGUGAGGUUUGCUUCUCGAGCCGAAGAAACAUUGGGAUUAAAGGUGUGAUUGUUAGCAUUAUUGUUUCUGUGAACCAUCAAAUACCAGAUGAUCUAAGGGAUGAACUGCCUGUUAUACCAAAUAUCCAUGCUAAAAUCCUGAGGGUGAAUGAACCAAUAUAUACUACUGCAAUGCACUUAAUUGGGGUUCCCAGAAAGCCUGAGGAUAACUUGUAUUUAUGCAAGUUUCCAGAUUGUCAUCCAUUAGUUUCUGUGCUAGAAGAUGGAGAUAUUAUAAAGGUAGGGAUAAGUAGUGGCUUACCCAUUCAAGGGAUUGAGUUGAAGAAAUGUGGGAUACAUUUAGUUUUUGAAAACGACGAUGAUUAUGGGGGCACUGAAGAAUCCUUAGAGGAAAACCAGCAAUCUGUGUCGGAAAAAUUGACAAGGUUUAUUGGAUCUUCUUCUUCUUCUGUUGUAAAUGGCAACCAUACUUCAAGCUCAACUCUGGGGGGAUGGACUUUACUUGGUUUUCUUCAGGACAUGUUGUGCUUCUUGAAGAAGCUCUGGGAUGGAUUCAGAUCUCCAGGGCCGGAUUUUAGGGCGUGCAAGAUGUGCAACCGCACAGGGUCGGAUUUUGGGGCCCCCUGUCCGGCCCAAUAGUUAGUAUAUGUAUUUGUGGUUAUAUUGGCUCAAAAUUAAGUUUUCAUGACUGAUCUAAAUUCUACUACGUAUUAUUCAAAAAAAAAUUUUACUCCGUAAUAUUUACACA